AUGUCGAAAACGGUUGUUAUAAACUCUCCUAAUCAGCUUGAAGCGCUGAUAAAGAGUAACACCAUCGUUGUGAUUGAUUUCCACGCAACCUGGUGCGGUCCCUGCAAAGCUGUCGCUCCAGCCUAUGCAGCACUCGCCGAACGUCUCACCGAUCCCGGGAAAAUGGUGUUUACAAAAGUCGACGUCGAUCAGCAAAAGAGUAUUGCUCAGACAUAUAAUGUUACUGCCAUGCCAACCUUCAUAAUGAUCAAAUCCGGCACCGAAACAAACCGCAUCAAAGGUGCAAACCUCCCCGCCCUACAAUCCGCCGUAAAGGACCUCCUAGCCGCAUCCGGCGGCGCAAUCGCUUCUUCAUCAGGUUCGGGAUUCUGGAAGGGAGCCGACGUUCCCAAACCAUACGAAGUUAUAAACUCGGAGAUCGAACUAAAGAAUCUUGAUUGUAUGAAUUAUAAUCAAGAAAUCGGUGGAGUCAGGGUAUUAUUCGAAGGUAGCGAGCCGAGUACCGGAGUCGGCAGCAGUGGUGGUAAAGGAAAAGGGAAGGGUAGCGGAGAUGAUCAAAAAGCAGAUUGGGUGGAAAGUGAUACGGAUGAACAGUUAACGCUAUUCAUCCCUUUUUCAUCGACGGUCAAGAUUUAUCAAAUACAGAUUACAUCCCGUCCACCACCGGUUGAAGAUGAAGACGAGGAGGAUACGGAAUUGCCAAGACGACCGUCAAAGAUCAGGUUAUUCGUCAAUCGACCUAAUAUUGUCGGUUUCGAUGAUGCGGAGAGUAUGGUUGCUACUCAGGAGAUUGAGUUGAAGGAAGAGGACUGGAAGGAUGGAACAGUAGCAAUCAACACUAGAUUUGUGAAGUUCCAGAGUGUGUUUUCGUUGAACUUGUUCGUGGAGGAUGCAGAGGGAGAUGCGGAGAAGGUUAGGAUUGAUAGAAUUAGGAUCGUUGGAGAGGUUGGAGAAAGAAGAGAAUUGGGCAAGUUGGAGAAGGUUGGAGAGGAGUAG